AUGGAGGACAUGACUCGUAACGUCGCCGUCAUUACAGGAGCCAGCUCUGGUAUUGGGCUUGCUUUGACGAAACACCUGCUCGCCAAACGGUGGAGAGUGGUUCAAGCCGAUAUAAUCCAGAGCGACUUGCAGAUUGAACAUGGUGCUGGAGAUCUCCUAUUCGUGAAAACCGACGUUAGCUCCUGGGAUGACCAGGCAAACUUGUUCAAAACUGCACACGAGUGGGCUGGUCAAGAUAAGCUGUCAUUUUUAGCUGCAAAUGCAGGUGUUGCUGAUACGCCUGGGUCUCUAGACAUGCUCGUGGGUAAAGUUUCACCAGGCGAGAGCUUGCAAAAGCCUGACACGACACCUCUUUUCGUCAAUCUUGUUGGAGUAAUGCAAUCAGUUCAAUUGUUCGUCCACUAUGCCCAGCUAAGGGGGAACGAGGCACGAAUUGUGGUAACAAGCUCGGGGGCUGGUCUGUAUCCAAUGCCAUCGCACCCAGUUUAUUGUGCUUCAAAACACGGAGUCAUCGGCUACACUAGAAGCAUUGCACCAAAUCUGCCUCCUGGAAUUACACUCAACUGCAUCUGUCCUGGAUUUGUUAUCAGCAACAUCACCGCACCUCUCGUUGGUGUCAUUCCCAAGAAAUACGUAACGCCUAUGGAUGCAAUGAUGGCCGCGUAUGAUGAGUUUCUUUCCAACGAGCAGAACCAUACAGGCAGGGUGAUGGAGGUUUCUGUAUUGCACAGACACUGGCGAGAGCCGGUGCCAUUUCUAGAUGAGGAGCAGAGAUGGCUUUCCGAAGAUAGUGGAGAGUUUUUUCUCAAGGCUUUUGGAUUGGCAUGA